UUGGGCUCCACGCUGGGAAAGAGCUCAGAGUGGGGCUGAGUGCGCGGCAGAGGAGGAGGAGGAGGCGGCGGCUUAAAGCGGCAGCGCGCCCAGCAAAGCGGCACCGGGAAAGACACCCGUGAAAGCGGCAGCAGAGACCGGGCCGGUUCGUGACGCGGAGCGCUCGAAAAACCCUCCCGUUGCUCCCCAAGGGAAGGGCGAGCGCACAGAGAGGCUCGCUUGGGCUUCGCGGUUGGGAUCGCCUGGCUGGGAUCUUGCCCGGACGUGUUUGAUCGGCCGCCGCCGCCGCAAGCGGAGCGACAGGUCUCCGGAGCCUGGGUCCCCGGAGGAGAGCCGGUCGUGCGGGAGUCCUGGGACGCCCUUCUUGCCGCAGCUUGUUAAUCGGAGACCGAAGUGGAGAUCUAACGAAGUUGCAGCAACUUUUCCCCCCACUGAAAAAGAAAACUCUUCGGGGCGAGUCAGUGACUGAGGGCCACUUCGGUAUUGGUGGGAAAAGAGACUGGGAAAGGAGGAAAAGCGGAGAGGACGCGAAACAAGUGUGUUUGAAAACUCGCGAACACUCCGGCGCAGCAUAGGACCCUCCCACGAGGAGGAGGGAGACAUCGAGGAGUCGCGGGGGGGAAAGGAGGACUUUUCCAAAGUUGUGAGACUCGCGAACCUUCAUCCCCCCCCUCCAAUUCGGAGCGAUAAGAAGCCACGUUUUAACUCCUGGGAUUCCUUGGCCGGGAGUGGGAAUUCCGCACUUCGAUAAAGAACUUUAUUCCUCUCUUUUUGGCGAGUUGUUUUUCUGGAGCUCAGCACUCGCCGAACCUUGUUCUUAGCUGAGAAAGCCUCCGCUUGUCAAAUCCAGACCUCCUUUUCGGAGUUUGGGGGCGGAAAACGGGGACAGGCGAGCCAAUGACUUGUGGCAAAAAAGCCAGACUUUAAUUCAUCACCUCGCUGUGUUACCCUCACGGAAAAGCUGUUUGAAAAGUUUUUGUUUGUUUUUUUAGAGGGGGGAAAGGGUGGUGUACGCUGUGGCACAGCUUCCUCUCCUUGUUUGUUUGCUUGCUUGUCCUAAGUAGGACCAACUUGUGGACUGUAUUCUAUGACUGCAAAGAUGGAACCUACAUUCUACGAUGAUGCCAUCAAUACGACGUUCGUGCAGCCAGAGAGUGGUACUUACGGAUUUAAUAACCCCAAGGUGCUGAAGCAGAACAUGACUCUCAACCUGGCUGACCCUUCCAGUAACUUGAAGCCCCACCUGAGGAACAAGAAUGCCGAUAUCCUGACUUCCCCAGAUGUGGGCCUUCUCAAGCUGGCCUCUCCUGAACUGGAAAGGCUGAUCAUCCAGUCUGGCAAUGGGCUGAUCACCACCACGCCGACCCCAACCCAGUUCCUCUGCCCAAAAAAUGUCACGGAUGAGCAGGAAGGGUUUGCCGAAGGGUUUGUCAGGGCGCUGGCAGAGCUGCACAACCAGAACACCAUGCCCCCCAGCGUCACCACCGCUGCCCAGCCUUCAAACACCGGCAUGACCCCCGUCUCUUCCAUGGCUGGAAACAACAGCUUCAGUGCCAACUUGCACAGUGAGCCUCCGGUCUACGCCAACCUCAGCAACUUCAACCCCAACGCACUCAACACGGCACCAAGCUACAAUGCGAGCAGCUUGAGCUACCCUCCACAACAUCACCUGAACCCCCAGAUGCCUGUGCAGCAUCCUCGGCUUCAGGCUCUGAAAGAAGAGCCUCAGACUGUCCCAGAAAUGCCCGGGGAGACUCCUCCCCUGUCGCCUAUCGACAUGGAAUCCCAGGAGAGGAUCAAGGCAGAGAGGAAGCGCAUGAGAAACCGAAUUGCGGCUUCCAAGUGCCGGAAAAGGAAGUUGGAGCGCAUUGCCAGGUUGGAGGAAAAAGUCAAAACUUUGAAAGCCCAGAACUCGGAGCUGGCAUCCACUGCCAAUAUGCUGCGAGAGCAGGUUGCACAGCUGAAGCAGAAGGUCAUGAAUCACGUCAACAGUGGGUGCCAGCUAAUGCUCACACAGCAGUUGCAAACUUUUUGAAGAGACUGGAAAGUAACUUGUGUGGUGGGGCAAAACUAAGCAAAAAAAAAAAGAAGAAGGAAGUUGGGAGGUGGAAAGCUUCACUUGGGGGGCGGGCGGGAAGGAAAGGCUGAAAGGCAUUGAUUCCAGAGAGUGCCCCCCUCUUCCCCCAAAGCAUGUGUGGAGAGAGACUGGUGUGCCUUUUGGUUUGAGGUGGUGGCAAACCAGUUGACAGUCCAGCUCCGCAAGAGGGCUGUUCUUUUCAGACAAGGCAUGAAGAAGCCUUGUGUUACCUUUUUCUUUUAACAUUGACCAAGACCUGCAUGGACCUAACAUUCAACGAUCAUUCAGUAUUAAAGGUUAAACUGCAGUAGACACUGUAGAUUUGCUUUCUCUAGUACUCCUUUAAAAAAAAUGGGGAGGGAGUUUGUGGGAGGCUAACAGAAGCUGAACUAUACUGCCUGCCUUCAAGUCGAGUUGUGUAUGUACAUAUAUAUUUUUUAUUUUAUGACAGCUGAUUAAUGUCAAUAAAACUACUUCAUGACUUUGUAA